UUUUUACUUAACAAUUUUUAAAAAUAUUUAACAAUUCAAUUAAAAAAAUUAUAGUUAUGAUAUUAAAACUAGUGCUUUAGCUUUUAUUUAUUUCCUAAGCUUUAACCAAGCAAUAUGUGUUGGAGAUUUAAAGAUAAAAUGAUUAUAAAGAUUUAAAUAGCAUGGUUCAAAUAUUAGAUUAAUAGGUUUAUUUUUUUCAAAAGUAGGAGAGGAGUAGCAGCUGGCUUAGUUCUUCUACAUAUUAUAGCAAUCAAACUCAAUAGAGUCAAAGCAAUAGCAAACAGAAAUUUAAUAGAAAAUUUAUUGCACAUGUAAAUAAUUAUAAUUAGCAAAAUAAUAACACAACCAAGCCAAACCACGGAAACUAUACUAGUUUUCCAUUAUACACAACUUAUGGUAAUGCCUAUUUAGUAGAUAUUUACGUAGGAUCUGAAAGGCAAGAGUUUUAGGUAAUGCUAGAUACUGGAAGUUCCUACACCUGGUUAUCUCAUGCAUCAUGCAGCACAUGCUAGUAGGUAGGAAUUAAGAAAUUCUUUGACUGUGAUAAGAGUACCACCUGUGGGAAUUAAAAUGAGACUAUUUAAAUAACUUAUGGCAAAGGAGAAGUAAAUGCAUCAGUUUAUAGAGACCAAAUAGGAUUUGCUCACAAUAAAUUUAUUGCAAAUAAUCAAGAUUUUCUACUUGUAACUUCAAUGCUUGAUCUCGAUUUUUUCCCAGGACACGGGUUAUUUGGACUAGGAUUUAGUUCAAUGAGUGAUGGAAGAAAAACUAUUUUAGAUAAUCUUAAAGAGCAGGGAUAAAUUACUAAAAGAUAAUUUGCAUUUUCUCUUUCUGGAGAAGCUGAAAAUAUAAAUUUUGGUAUGACUAACAAAGAUUUUUUUAUUUUAGGAGGUGAUUCCGUGGAUCCCUCAUUAGCUGAUGACAGCGAUUUUUUUACUUGUCCUUGCUCUUUUAGAUCGUAUUGGUCAGUUUAAGUAUAAAAGAUAGCUCCAAUUAUUUCAGAUGUAGAAAUCGAUUUGCAUUUUUAGUCUAAGUAGGCAAUUAUUGAUUCUGGAACUAGUUUUAUUGUAUUUAAUGACAAUGAUUUUAAGAUACUUGUUAAAUUCUUUAAAAAGCUCAAGAAGUUAAAUUGUGCUAUUGAUGAUAAAUAUAAUUUGUUGAGAUGUGAGGCUACAGAUGAAUCAGUAUACCCUAUUUUCAAAUUCACUCUUUGCGAAUAAAGCAGGCAUAUUCUUAUUUAUCCAAAUUAAUAUUUGCUUUGUGAUGAGUCUGUUUGCUAUGUAAGAGUGAGUGGGAUGAAUCUAGGCUUAGAAAUGGAACAUGUGAUUAUUCUUGGAGAUAUAUUUAUAAGAACAUAAUAUACUGUGUUUAAUUAAGAUGAUUCUACGAUAUCUUUCUAUAAAAAGAAGUAAAGUCAUAAAAAUACAUAACCUCCAAUGCUCCAAAAAGAUAUACUAGACACCUCUUUAGAAUUCAUAAAUACAAAGUAAGACUAUAAUUCCGUUAAAGAAAAGAGUUAAAAAUUGGAGUAAAAAAUUUAAGAUAGUAAUAAAGAACAUAAAUAAAUGAAAUAUAGUAAAAUAUAGCAUAAACAUUGAGCAAAAAGAAAUUAUUUCAACAAAUCAAUAUGAAUAUUUUUCAUGAGAUAUUUAUAAUUGAUUCAAAACUAAAAGUACAAAAUUAUAAAAAUUUUUCAAAAGUAUUUAUUUAUAUUUAUGUUUUUAUUUGUUUAAAGCGCUUUAUUUUAAUUAUCUUAUUUAAUCUAAUUUGAAUAAA